UAAUUCGGCUUAGGCCAACGGCAUAUCAUAAAUUUUCCCCAUUACAAUUAAUAUCUGGUAAAGAACCAAAUAUAUCACACCUAAAAAUAUUUGGUUGUUCUGUGUAUGUACCAAUUGCUCCACCUUAUCGUACUAAAAUGGGUCCUCAAAGAAGGCUGGGAAUUUAUGUUGGUUUUAAAUCACCCUCAAUUAUUAAUUAUCUAGAACCUAUGACCGGUGACUUAUUCACCGCGCGGUUCGAUGACUGUCAUUUUGAUGAGACAGUAUUCCCAGCCUUAGGGGGAGAUAUUAAAGAAAUGGACCCACGUACGAAAGAUAUUACUUGGAAUGCAACAAAUUUAUCUUUUCUUGAUUCUCGCACAAAUGCUUGUGAACAAGAAAUUCAAAAGAUUAUUCAUUUACAAAAUGUUGCAAACCAAUUGCCUGAUGCUUUCACAUACUCAAAGAAAGUGACAAAGUCACAUGUUCCAGCUAUGAAUGCUCCUUCUCGAAUAGAAAUUCCUGCGGAGAUUAGCGAAAGAACACUUGCUAAUGAAUCUAUGAUACGUAAAAAACGUGGUAGACCACUUGGUUCAAGAGAUUUGAAACCAAGAAAAUUUAAACAGCAAGUUGUAAUUUGUGAUGCCAAAGAAGUUCAACCUUCUCAAGAAGAAAAUGAACAUUUUGAAAAUAUCGGCCUUGAAGAUAACAUCAAUAAUAAUGAUACCUCAAAAGAAGAUCCAAUCACCUUCGAAGAGGUAAAUAUUCCAGAUAAAGAUAGAAACGUCGAUAAUUUUGAAAUUUCAAUUAAUUACGUUUCUAAUGGAAUACAAUGGAAUAGAAAUGAUAUUGAUGUUAAUGAUAUAUUUUCAUAUGCCAUCGCCACAGAUAUAAUGAAUGAACACGAUGACAAUGAGCCUAAAUCUAUUGACGAAUGUUGUCGUAGAAAUGAUUGGCCAAAAUGGAAUGAAGCAAUUCAGGUAGAAUUAAAAUCGCUAGAAAAGCGUAAUGUUUUUGGACCAAUUGUCCAUACACCAAAAGGCGUAAAACCUGUCGGUUUUAAAUGGGUUUUUGUGCGUAAACGCAACGAGAAAAAUGAAAAUCGUUAGAUACAAAGCCCGACUUGUUGCCCAAGGUUUUUCUCAAAUGCCAAGAAUCGAUUAUGAUGAGACAUAUUCUCCAGUAGUUGAUGCUACAACUUUAAGAUUUUUAAUUGGCAUGUCUGUUUUUGAAAGGCUGCAAAUGCGCCUAAUGGAUGUGGUGACCGCAUAUUUAUACGGUUCACUCGAUACAGACAUAUAUAUAUGAGAAUUCCUGGAGGCUUUAAAAUACCUGAUGCUUAUAGCUCGAAAUCUCGAGAUUUAUUUUCCAUAAAAUUGCAAAAGUCAUUAUAUGGAUUAAAACAAUCUGGACGCAUGUGGUAUAACCGUCUCAGUGAAUAUUUGAUUAAAGAAGGGUAUAAAAAUGAUCCUAUUAGUCCAUGUGUUUUCAUUCAGCGAUCCGAAUCAGGAUUCGCCAUAAUUGCAGUAUAUGUUGAUGAUUUGAAUAUAAUCGGAACUCCUAAUGAAAUUGAAAAUACUGCAAAAUAUCUCAUGAAAGAAUUUGAAAUGAAAGACCUUGGGAGAACAAAAUUUUGUCUCGGCAUUCAAAUUGAGCAUUUGAGAAAUGGUAUUUUCAUCCACCAAUCAAAUUAUACCGAGAAACUUUUGAAGCGAUUUUACAUGGAUAAAGCACAUCCGCUCAAUUCUCCAAUGGUGGUUCGAUCUCUCAAUGUGCAUGAUGAUCCUUUCCGACCUUGUGAAGAUGAUGAAGAAAUUCUUGGUCCCGAAAUACCAUAUUUGAGUGCUAUUGGAGCAUUAAUGUAUUUGGCUAAUAAUACUCGACCAGAUAUUGCUUUUUCUGUAAAUUUAUUAGCCAGGUAAAGUUCUUCCCCAACAAGAAGGCAUUGGAAUGGUGUCAAACAUAUAUUCCGAUAUCUUAAUGGUACAAUCGAUCUUGGAUUGUAUUUCAAGAAUGGUGCAAAUGCCACUUUAAUUUGCUACGCGGAUGCAGGAUACUUGUCUGAUCCACAAAAGGCAAAAUCACAAACAGGAUAUUUAUUCACCUAUGGUGAUACCGCUAUAUCAUGGAGAUCAAUGAAGCAAACAUUAACUGCAACAUCAUCAAAUCAUGCAGAAUUAAUUGCUCUUUAUGAAGCAGGUCGUGAGUGUGUCUGGUUGAGAUCAAUGAUCCAGCACAUACAAAAUGAAUGCGGUAUAAAAUCUUUUACUUCUAAUCCUACUGUGAUUUAUGAAGAUAAUACAGCAUGUAUAGCUCAGAUCAAAGGAGGUUACAUCAAAGGGGACAGAACGAAGCAUAUAGCACCAAAACUUUUCUCCACACAUGAUCUUGAGAAAGACGGAACGGUUGAUGUCAAACAAAUCAAGUCAUGCGACAACCCUGCUGAUUUGUUCACAAAGUCAUUGGCACCGAAGAAAUUUGAAGAACUGGUCCAUAAAAUUGGAAUGUAUCGUCUUCGAGAUAUAUGUUAAAUUGAGGGGGAGUAAUAUAAUGCACUGCACUCUUUUUCCCUUCGUCAGGUUUUUAUCCCACUGGGUUUUUCUUGACAAAGGUUUUUAACGAGACAGUACAUUAUAAUACUAUGAAACUAAUACCCCAGAAUAAUUAGAAGAUGACCAUUCAAGGGGGAGUGUUGAAAUAUAUUGAAUAGUCA